AUCUCACAUUAGUGAAGCAAAAACCACUAAUGAAUGUCUCUUCUCUCAAGACUAUUACAUACCAGAGGUUCUUUAAUGACACCUCUGGAGGACAAAUUGGACAAUAUAUUUCCCAAAAAAGAUUAUCAAGUUAACAUUCAGGAUUCGCAGUGAUCCGGGACUGUGAAGCAAAGGCGAAAACUGCAGUGAAGACAACAGUGCGGUCUGCAUGAUCCACAAACCACCACAACAUUAUUGCAUGUAUCUGGUUUCUCAUCCACUGAAAGCAAAGCACACCACAAUCAAGUUGUGCCCUAAAGGAAGGACGGCCAUGCAGAAUGCCAGCAAUCCUGCCCCCAACAACUCCAUCAGACAGCCUGCAGGAUUUUACAUUGUUGGCUUAAGUUCAAUGCCAUACAAUAAUAUCUAUGUCAUGUUCCUCACUGUGCUUUAUGUGAUCACAGUCAUAUGCAAUGUCUUUCUGAUCACUAUCAUUUUCUAUGACCACCGACUGCAUGUCCCAAAGUUCAUAGCUGUUGGUAAUCUGGCUUUGGUUGAUCUUGUUCUCAGCACUUCUCUUGUGCCUAGCAUGAUAAAGACUUACCUUGUUCUAGACAAUUUUGUGCCAUUCAAACUGUGCCUUGUGCAAAUGUACAUUUACUAUGUUUUUUUACCCCUUGAGUCAUUGUCCAUAUGCAUUCUCUCUUACGACAGAUUCAUUGCGAUCUGCUUACCUUUAAGACAGGAGUCUAUAAACACAAACACCAGAAUGGCUUACAUAAUUGUUACAGCUUGGAUCUUUGUUCUUAUUACAGAACUCUACGGCGCUUCAUCCAUCCCGACCCUCUCAUUUUGUGGCUCUCUUAAGGUCAACAGCUAUUUUUGCGAUAAUGCUCCUGUUUUAAGACUUGCUUGCAGCGAUACGACGCACCAGUGGAAUUUUGCCACUGCUUUAACUAUACUCUUCAUUGUUGUACCUUUGUCCUUUAUUUUCUUUACUUACAUGGGUAUAUUGAUCGCUGUAUUCAGAAUGAAGAAUAAUCAGAGCCGUUAUAAGGCACUGGCCACGUGCACCGAACACCUCAUGUUAGUGGCCAUAUUCUUCAUUCCAAUUUUUAUUAUCUUCAAUCUUGGAUUUUCUGGAAUUAUUAUAAACCCAAAUGUAAGAACAGUGUGCUUGUCUUUGUCGUCCCUCAUCACACCCUGCGUGAAUCCCAUAAUUUACUCAUUGAAAACUAAAGAGGUAAGAAGCAGGAUUUAUUCUUUGUUAACCCACAGACUGUCUGUUCAUCCUCUAAAAAAUACACAAUAAUAUAAAACAUAAUAGUGAUUCAAGUGAGAUAAUUCAUGUUAUUGAUGUUAUAUUGGAGGCUUUCUGUGAUGCUUCAAGAAUUAUUUGGUUUUUAUUUUAAAAUGCAUUGUUUUCAAUAGAUUUAAAUCUCCAAUUCUACAUUUGCUCUACAGGUAACUUGUAAAAAAUAAAUUUGCUUGAUUAACUUGCACCAUUAGAGAGCACAUCUCCAUGUUUUCUCUCAUCGUGAAGAUUUCUAUACUGUAUGCAGCCAGGUUUUGUUAGCUACUUUAAAUAAUGCAAAUUCUUGAAGUUCAUAAAUAAUUUAAGAAUGGGCAGAAAUAAUAUAUAGUAAGUAUGAUAACAAUGUUUUAUAUUCACAAAAUGUUUACACGUGUGAAAAAAAGCUGUCAAUAAUGUGAGUGCAGUGUUCAUCUGAUUAAAACUGGCUUUUGAUUGUCCAUGUUACUCAAUUCCUCAGCAACCUUAUUCUGUAUUUUUAUGUCACACACAUAAAACUUUCUUAAAGUUUCUAACAUAAAGUCUUUCUUUUUAAUAACUGCACUGUUUAAAACUGUCUUUACCCGGUAUCUUACAGUAGAUAGGCCUAUGUCUCUGAUGAAAAUCGAAAGCUGCUUGGUCUACAAAGCUGGUGCCACUCCACCAAGGUCGAAACUGCUGGCUCUCUAAACAGCAUUUGUUCAUUUGAAAGGUCCCCUAACACAUGCUAGCUGAGAAAAAUA